GUCUUAAUUGAAUACUAUUUAAGGAGUAUAACUAUAAGAAACCGUAAGACUAGGCAAUACUUUAGCAGAAAUAUAUUAUGAUUUCGACAGCAAUUUUCAUCCUCAGCGCAACUGCGUUAGCUAUAGUACUGCUUGCUCACGAUUGUAAUGGCAGUAUUUUGUACGUCAGACCAGACAAUGGAUCGAACACAACAUGCCCAAGGAAACAAUGCAAGACACUGGACCAAUAUGCAAAUGUACAUGUAAGUCAUUUGAACAAUACACAGUUUAUUUUUAUGCCAGGAUUGCACACUCUCAGUAAAAACUUUCGUAUUGACUCUCUCAUGAAUAUUGAACUCAUUAGUAUGAGCGAUAGCAAAAAUGAAACAGAAAUUGCAGAAAUUCAGUGUUAUAAAGCAGCAGGAUUUAUUUUUAAGAAUAUAAACUUUCUCACUAUCAAAAAUCUGCAAAUUUCCGCAUGUGGUCAAAUAAUACCAGAUAGUGUUUACAACAAUUUAGAAAGCCCACUCUCCUUUCAAGCGGCAGUUGCUCUUAAAGAUGUGGCUGCUCUAACAAUGCAAUCGAUAACCAUUCGAGACAGUAAUGGAUACGGGAUAGCUGCUGAGGGACUGUAUGGAUACUCAACAAUGGAGGACUGCCUACUGGUGAGCAACACGGGUGGCGAAAAAUUCAUAGGGGGUAAUCUUGUACUGAAGUAUGCAGAUUGUCCUGUUAUUGACACAAACGAGCAGGUUUAUGUGGGAAUUGUGAGAUCUAAGUUCUUAUAUGGAAGUGCACAUUAUAGUAACGACAAACAUGACCCACAUAUCGCACUUCAAACCAAAGCAACUGGCAUAUCUUUGCUCCUUUCCUGCACAAAUGUUAUUAUUAACAUGUCAGAGGUGCAACUAAAGUACAACGAAGCAUACAGCUUUUCCAGCAAAGGAGGAAACCUUUUCAUUCUGCUCGGAAACACCAUACAAUAUACGAGCAAUACGGUCAUUGUGGAGAACAGUAACAUUGACAAUGGAACAGCGGUUAAGGGUGGAGGAGCAUACGUUAGAUUCAAGCAGCCUCCCCAAGAACCUGACAACAUAACAGUUCCAUGUGAAAACUUUGUUAGUUUUAAAAAUGUUAGCUUUAAUGGUAACAAAGGUAGAUUUAAAGGAGGUGCUCUGUACAUACUGUUCGAAACAGCAAGCAUGUACAACUAUUGUCCCAAGGGAACUGUUGAAAUAGACAGCUGUUACUUUGUAGACAAUAUUUUAAAUGCUUCCAAGGCAGACAGUGGCCUAGCUAUCAACAUCUAUUGCUAUUUGAUCAACGGAGUGGAAGCAACAUCUGUUCCCUUCAAUAUAGUGAGCAUUACUCGAAGUCACUUUCUGGGAAACAAACUAUUAACGCAGAAGGAAAAUAGUUUCGAUAUAAUUUCCGGAGGAGCCACUGUGUUCAUUAGUAAACAGAGAAGACAAACAUUUAUCAGUGACUCUAGCUUUGUAAACAACGGCAAAACAGCAAUUUCGGCUUUCGGAUCAAAUAUUGUGUUCAGUGGUAUUGUGAACAUAACAAAUAAUACAGGCCUUGACGGUGGGGGCCUAGUUCUCUGUCAGUCCUCGUACAUUUUGUUUGCCCCAAAUACCACAGUGACGUUUGAAAAUAACAGAGCCAUUUUAUCUGGAGGAGGCAUAUACGCAGAAGAUCAGUGCUUACAAUCUGAACCACUGUGUUUUUAUCAAGUGCACAACAGUAACAAGUCGUUAACUAAACAUCAAAGGAUCUCAAUAUUGGACACUAUUCACGUGGUAAUGAUCAACAACACUGCUGGAUACGCUGGAAGUCAGAUAUUCGGAGGGUUUAUGGACAAAUGCUAUACAACAUUUGGCAAGGACAAUAAACUAGUAUACAACAAGAUUUUUAACGAAAUUUCAUGGCAAAGAAAUGAUUCUGAUCUUUCCUACAUCACUUCUUACCCAAAGCAUAUAUGCUUCUGUGAAAACAAGCUACCUAACUGUAGCAAACACUACAAGAACAUCAAUAUAACAAUAUACCCUGGUGAACCUUUUACAGUUAGUUUAGUAGGCGUCGGGCAAUUCAACAACCCUGUUCCAGCAACAAUCAAAGCAACCACCAGCCACUCAAGUGACAAGAUGUACAGUCGUACAAUAAAGGAUGUCUGUACUUCUAUGACAUUUUUAGUAAAAUCAGCACAACCGACUAGAUUUGACAAACUUAGCAUCACUGUCUCCUCUGACUUAGGUUACACAACAAGAAGCAGCCUACGAUCGAUCAACAUUCACUAUAGGUCUUGUCCUCUGGGAACGUACAUAAACAACUCUGCCUGUGACUAUGAAGACCCUCAUUUCGAAUACAGAGCUAAUAGCUCAACUAUAAAAAAGAACGAAAAUACAUGGGUAGGAUACUACAACGCUGCUGAUCAUUCCGACUCUGAAACCGUUAGUGGGUUCAUACAUUUCAACUAUUGUCCACUGUGGUACUGUAACAACAAAACAGUUAUCAAUGUUAAUGAAACCUAUUUUGAUCAAAACUCUCAGUGUCAUGAAAGGGAGGGCAUUUUGUGUGGAGCGUGCUUAAAGCAACAUAGUUUAGCUAUUGCCUCUAGCAGGUGCCUUCGCUGUGACAACAUCAGUCGAUCGUACUUUCCUCUCCUAGCGCUAGCUACUCUGGCUAUUACAGCUCUAGUACUACUCUUUAUGCUGUGCUGUAAUGUGACCAUCACUGAUGGCACAGUUAGUGGAUUUCUAUUCUACUCUAGUUUGUUCAACAUCAACAUAAAAUUGUUUUUGAGAGUAUCAAAACGAUACGCAUAUCUUGCGGAAUUUUUUGCAUGGAUGAAUUUAGAUAUUGGUUUAACAACUUGCUUUUACGAUGGGUUUGAUGCAUUUUGGCAGGCAAUAUUAAACUUUUUUAUUCCUGUUUUCAUUUGGUGCAUUCUUGGACUUAUCAUUUUUGCAACAUCAAAGUCUAGCCGGAUUACGGAGCUUGUUGGAGACAACCCUGUAAAAGUUCUAGCUACACUUGUUCUUAUUUCUUACACAAAAAUUCUUCAAACUGAAGUAGCUGUGUUUUCCUGUUCAUCGAUUGAAUUUCGUACUAAUUCUUCUAAAAUCCUCAAGUACUACUGGCUCCCCGAUGGUAAUGUACCAUGUUGGCAAGGGAAGCACCUAGCUCUGGUGGUGAUUGGUGUUUUGUUUGGAAUAGCUACUGUUCUGUACACUUUAAUGCUCCUCUUUAUUCAACCAUUGCAAAGAUAUUCUCAUGUGAGGGGACUGAAAUGGGUGGCCAAACUAAAGCCAUUUUUUGACGCUUACACUAGCCCUCAUGUGAUCAAGCAUCGCUAUCGAUUCUGGACUGGACUUUUACUCCUAUGUAGAAUGAUUAACAGUAUUUCGUUUGCUCUUUUUUCCCACCAAAACACAUACAAACAUUAUGGAAUUGAAGUCAUACUCAUUUGUUUCCUGAUAACAAGCUUAUUGGGGUGCUUCGGUGGAGUCUACAAAAAUAAGUGGCUUUAUGCUCUCAACUCUUCGUUCUACUUCAACCUCACUCUACUGUCUUUCGUAACAUUUUAUUCUCUAACCAAAAAUUCUUCUUCUAAGAACAGUGCAAAUAUUAUUCAAGAGAUUGCCACCUCCAUUUCACUAGGCAUAGCCUUUGUGACGUUCCUGUUCAUUCUUUCCUACCAUGUGUACAAACGUCUGAAAAAGACCGGUCUGCUCGCUCGCUGUGCGGGAAGAAUCCAGGGGACUCGAUGUUGGAGAUCAGCUGUCGGAUAUUGGAACAGAGGCAGGAUACAAUACGUAAGGCUGCCCCAAGAAGACCCUCAGGAUCGAGAGGUGGACGAUGAUUUCAAUGGAGAGAGAAGGCUCGAUGACGAUUGUCAGUGGGAGAGAGAACUACAUGUAGAUGUACAAGACAGAGAGCUCAAUGGAGAUCGCCAUGAUGACAGACAGCUUGCAAGAGUUUGUGAUGACAAUUGGGAGAACGGAGAGAGCAAUAAGGAGCCAAAUGCAGAAGAGCCAUUCGAUAAAGGUAUUGUAGGACCUAGCGAAGACACAUACUAAAACUAAAUAACUGUUGUUGUUACAUGCAGUAACUGUGUAUCUUUCUAGCUAGAACACAAUCACAUGACAUAAUUAUUGUGCAUACAAAUAGUAUAUAACAUUCACACACAUGCAGUUAUGCCAGGCUUUGGUUCGUUUAUAAUAAUGUGUACUAACUUUUUGAGAUAUUAUGAUGAUUUUAUAGUCAUAAGCACAAACAACAAGCGUAAA